AGAACAUCACCAUCAUCAAAGAAAUCUCAUGGCGAUGGGAUGGUUGCCGCCAUCUGAAUAGCGUCUCGCGCUGCAUUCACCAUUCGGCGACUAUGCCCAUCUCCCAUAUAAACCCUAGAACUCCAUUGGUAUGUUCAGAUCCAUUCUCAAUGCUUCAAUCACUACAUUCGUGUAUCCAUCUCUCUCUCAUGUUAAGCUCCGCCACUUCACAAACCCUAGGGUUUUGCCCCCUUUCACUCUUCACAACUAUAGGAUUUGUGGGAGCUCUUCUGGGAAUCAUGGCAGUAUGAUGGAUGUUUUCAGGAUUCUUGGUCCAUUGGAUUGUCUCUUCCCUUCUUCGGAUCGGAACCCUUAUGUGACACUUCUCAGAAGGUGCAUCAAAACUAGGAACUUUGUUCUUGGUGGAUUCGUUCACAGUCAGUUGAUCAAGCUUGGAUUGGAAAAUGAGUUGAUGGUGUCUAAUGUGUUGCUUGAUUUGUAUGCUAAGUUGGGACUUUUGGAUUGUGGCCUGAAGCUGUUUGAUGAAAUGCUUGACAGGGAUUUGAUUUCUUGGUGUACUUUGAUUUCGGGUUUUGUGGCGCAUGGGUUUGAGCUGGAGGCUUAUGGGUUGUUCAGGAGGAUGUUGAAGAACGGUGUCAGGCCGAAUCAUUUUGUUAUCUCAUCUGUACUGAAAGGGUGUGCCAUUUCUGGGGUGUUGCGGAUUGGCGUUUUGGUUCAUGGGUUGGUUAUUAAAGGUGGACUUGGUUUUGAUAGAUUUGUAGAGAUUGCUCUGGUUGGUGUGUAUGCCAAAUGUGGUUCUUUGGAUGAUGCACUGAAGGUGUUCUACGAAAUUCCGGUGAAGAGCCCUGUCGCAUGGAAUGCGAUGAUAUCUGGCUAUGUCUGUAAUGGUUUCCUUGUGGAGGCUGCAGAAAUGUGCCAGGAGAUGUGCCGCAUUGGAUUUGUGAUGGAUUUGGUUACUUUGAGAGUGAUUGCUGGUGUGUGCUCUUCUUUGGAGAUGCCUGAUUUUUGUAAGAAUCUUCAUGCUUACUCUAUCAAAAUUGGGUUGGAUAAAGAUAGUUUCAUUGUUGCUGAGCUAGUCAGAUUGUUCUGCAAGAUUGGAGAAGUUGCUGAUUUGAGAAAGCUUUUUGAUAGGGUUAAGAAACCUGAUGCGUCUUUGUUUUCCCUCCUGAUUUCAGGGUAUCACUUUUACAGCCAUUGGGCCGAAGCUAUAGAACUUGCAAAGAAAUUUCUCAUGUUAGGUUUGGAUACAGACCAAGGAGCAAUAGUCAGCAUUAUUAAUAUAUGUCAAAGCAAGGAAGAGAUGGUGCCUGUCCAUGCCCAGAUAAUAAAGGCUGGAUAUCUAGCUUACCUUUCUACCGGCAAUGCGCUGAUCUCCUCUUAUGCUAAAUUUGGAGUGAUGGUGGAUGCAUUUGCAAUUUUUUAUGAGAUGCCUGUGCGUGAUGUGGUUUCUUGGACUGCAAUUAUGACAGGUCUUGUUAAAAAUGCUAGAUUUAGAGAAGCACUAGAAUGCUUUCGUGGUUGCUGGGAAUCUGGGACAGAUUUAGACCAGUAUUCUAUUAUAACAACAAUUAAUGCAUGUACAGGUCUUCGAGCUAUGGAGAAUGGUAGACAAAUUCAUGCCUUGGCUUUGAAACUUGGGGUUGAGUUCUCUAGUUUCAUGGUUGCAUCUCUUCUUCACCUGUAUGCAAAAUGUGGGCAUAUGGACACUGCUAGUAAGUUAUUUAACUUCACAUCUUACCGACAGGAUCUCAUUCAAACAAAUAUCAUGCUUGCUGGGUAUUACUGGAAUUCACAACCAAGGACAUCCCUUGACCUUUUCAGUUUGCAGUAUCGAUCAGGGCUGGUUCCCGAUAACUUCAGCUUUUCCACCACACUCAAUGCUUGCGCUGCUAGUAAGUCAUUGGAGAUGGGUGAACAGUUACAUUGCUGUAUCAUGAAGAGUGGCUAUGAAUUUUCAGAUAUCAUCAUUGGAAAUGCGAUUAUACACCUCUAUGUAAAAUCUGGAAGGAUUGACUCUGCUUGCAAAUUCUUUUAUGGCAUGAAGAAGUGGGAUGUGAAUAUGUAUGCAAUGUUGAUGUUGGGCUACAUACAGCAGAGAGGAAGUGAUGAAGAUGUCCAAAUGUUCCGUCAAAUUCAACUGAGUCAAUGGCAUGGUGGUAAACUUGCCUUUGCCAGAAUUUUAAGAGGUUCUUCAGAGUUCACUACUUUAAGUCGUGGCAAACAGGCACUUGCUUCUGAUAUAAAGAUGGGAUUUAUUUCGGAUGUUGAUGCAUCUGUGAGCUUUCAUGAUAAAAUUGGGCAGAUUGACAAAGCUGGUGAGAUUCUUGAUGAGAUGCCAAUUCGAGAUGAUACUUGUGAUCCCCUCAUCUCAUCAUUUGCACUUGGUGGCGAUGGUGAGGGGACUUUUAGAGGGGACGACCUAUACAGAUUGCAAGAAGAAAAUCAGGAGUAUCAUACUUACAUCAAUGUCUUGAACCUUAACCCAUGUGUUGUUUCUAAUGUGGGGCAACAUGGUUUAUGGCGUGUUGUAUCAUUUGAUAACUCUACCAGUAGAAAAUAUGUAGAAUGCCCUUAAAAGAUCACUUGUAGGAGUUGAUUUUUGGAGGAUCCAUGGUUCUUGGAAAUGCUGAAAUUAGGUCCAAAUGCAGAAUUGAUUAUGGUGACAAGAUUUGGAAGAAGCUGAUCACUCGAUUGUCUAUAAUUGCCUCCCUUUCUUGUGACCAUGUUUAUCUGUGCAACUGGAGGAUCAUGUAGUUUGAGUUUUUUCAAAAGCUACACACAUUGGUGGAUGUGAAAUAUUACUAUCUCCAACUCAACCUGCUUUGGCUGGCAAAUGCUGCACAUGUCAUCCAAAUUCAGAUGCCAGGGAAGCAAAAUUUACUAACCUAGAGUAUGUCUUCAGGCUUCUUGUCAAAGUCAGGAUGAUGAUGUGGAGUUUGAAAAAAAAAAAAAAA